CGCUCGGCGAUCAUCGCUCGCGUGCCGUUUUCGCAAGUCUGGGGGCUUCUGGCACUUGACUCGCUCUGCUUUUUGCUCAUUUCGAUUUUGUCAAGCGACGUGUGCGGAACUGAACUGAACGGCGGUUCGGCGAAAUCGUCUUGUACUUUCGUUUCUUGUGCGGUGUGGUUGGUUGUUUUGUUGUGCCGUGUUUGCCCCCGAGUCAAUAUCAAAUCUAAAUAAGAUAUUCGUGUUUUUUUAUAUUAGCAGCGUUCAAACAAAACCGAUCUGUGCUUUUUUUUUUCCUGUUCUGUUACUCUUUUUGGUCGUUUUGAAAAAUCGCGUGUUUGAAAAAUAGAGAUUUUGCAGAUCAGGCACACCACUGCUUGAGUUCGGCACACUGCUUGCAUUCCGGGGCAAAUGGCUCAGUCGACGGCGACUACGCCGCGCUACGCCGGCUAUAAACCCCUACAAAUCGUCAAUACCGCUGCUACGGAUCCGGAUUUAAUAGCCAUGUCAGCAGCAACAGCAGCAGCAACAUCAGCAGCAGCAUCAUCUGCAGCCACAUCAGCUGUUCAGGUUCAAAAUCCCGUGGAAGGAUCCCCAGCAGAGCUGAAGAAAGCGAACCCUAGUCAAAUACUUUCAGCCAGCAGUAAUCAGCAUCAGAUUCAGGACGAUCACGAAGACGACGACAAGGACCAAGUAGGAACAUUGCCAUUGCCAUUGCCCCUGACCCACUCCAUUAACAAAAGGACACCCGCCCUCGCCCUCAACCCAAAUCGCCAAGCACAACCAGCGAACCUAAACCGAACCCCGUCCUACACAGACGACCUGUGCACGUGCUGCAAUUGUGCCUACUCCAGUUCCUCCUCCGCAUCCUCGACCGCCUCGUCCACAUCCUCAUCAUCAGCCGUCGCCGCCGCCGUUGCCAAGCAGCUAGCUGUCCGCUCAGUGACCGCCACCAGCAUCAUGGAUAUGCCCUACAACACCUCGCCGUCGCUACGCGUGCGCACCACUUCGCUGAAUCAGCUGAAGAAGACCGCCGACCUGGCCAUCGAGAAUGAGCUGCACGUCUGCCCGUCGGUGAUGUCCGAGGAGCUGCGCAAGCUGCUGCCGCCCACCUCGGAAACGGUGAUGACCAAGCCGUUCCCCAUUCGCGGCGAGCGAACCAUCGCGGACUGCACCACGCCGCAUGUGAUUGCGAUGGUGGGUCUGCCCGCUCGCGGCAAGACCUUCAUCUCGAAGAAGCUGGCACGCUAUCUCAACUGGAUUGGGAUCGCAACGCGAGUGUUCAACUUGGGCGAGUACCGGCGACAUGCGACCACCGCGUACAAGUCGCACGAGUUCUUUCGCGCCGACAACGAGGAGGCAAUGGCCAUCCGCAACCGGUGCGCCAACCAGGCGCUCCACGAUUCCUGCGAAUGGCUGCUGAGCGGCCAGGGCAGCAUUGCCGUCUUCGAUGCCACCAAUUCGACGCGCGACCGCCGCCAGUUGAUCCACGACAUUGUGGUGAAGCAGCACGGCUUCCGGCUCUUCUUUGUGGAGUCGAUCUGCGAUGAUCCGCAGAUCAUCGAGCAGAACAUUAUCGAGGUGAAGGUCAGUUCGCCGGAUUACCUGAAUAUGAACACAGAGCUGGUGGUCAGGGACUUCCUGCAGCGCAUCGAGCACUACGAGGAGCGCUAUCAGCCCAUUGACGAGGUCACCGAGGCGCAUCUCAGCUUCAUGAAGGUCUACAAUGCCGGCAAGAAGGUGGUGGUCUACAACAAUGAGGGUCACGUCGAGUCCCGAAUCGUUUACUACCUGAUGAACAUUCACAUAACGCCGCGAACCAUUUACCUGACCCGUCACGGCGAGAGCGAGCACAACCUGAGCGGUCUGAUCGGCGGCGAUUCGAAUCUGAGCGCCCGUGGCCAUCAGUACGCCAAUGCCCUGUCCACUUUCAUUGCCCAGCAGCAGAUCGACGGCCUGCGGGUGUGGACGUCGUGGAUGAAGCGGGCCAUUCAGACGGUGGCCGAUGUGAAGGCGCCACAGGAGCGCUGGAAGGCUCUAAAUGAGAUCGAUGCGGGCCACUGCGAGGAGAUGACCUACGAGCAGAUCAAGGAGCGCUUCCCCGAGGAGUUUAAGGCGCGCGACGUGAACAAGUUCGCCUAUCGCUAUCCGCGCGGCGAGAGCUACGAGGAUUUGGUGGCCAGACUGGAGCCGGUCAUCAUGGAGCUGGAGCGGCAGGGCAAUGUGCUGGUGGUAUCCCACCAGGCCGUGCUGCGCUGCCUGUUCGCCUACUUCCUGGACAAGUCCGCCGAUGAGCUGCCCUACCUGUAUGUGCCGCUGCACACGGUGAUCAAACUGACGCCGGUGGCCUACGGCUGCAAGGUGGAGCACAUCAAGCUGCCCAUCGAUGCGGUGGACACGCACCGUCCGAAGCCCAAGAUCCCCGGCGACGUUAGUGAGCCCGGACUGGACGGACUCAGUGGCGAGCUGGUCGCACCCGAUGGCGUCGGCAAGGUGCUCAUUGUGGGCGACGAUGUGGCGACGGCCACCAACGGCAAUGGCGGUCGCGUCGAUGUCCAUCAAUGACGACGUCGCCACCUGCUGCACGUGCACCCCGUGCAUUCACGUCUACCGCCUCCGAAAUCCAAGACAAUCUGAAUAUGAAUAAAAGAAAAAACGGCUGCUGGAACGGCUGCCCCAUCCGACCUUAGCCAUUUGCCAUCCCCCUGAAUCCCAAAUCCCGCACCAAUUACUUAACCGAAAUCGCAUCCCGAACAGCCCAACGGAGACGGACAAAGAGAUACGGACAUGGUCGUGCCAGUGUGACAAAAGUUGAUCGCUGCUCCUGCUCCCAAAAAACAAAACAAAAAAAAAAACUAGAAACAAAAAAAGGAGGAUUAGGAGGCCAAGGUGGACGCUACUACUUAAUGUUGCAUCGGAGGACUGCGAUUAUGAAAUUGUGAUUUGAUCCAUUGUGCUGUUUUUUAUUAUGUACUUUAAUGAACAAUUAAAUAUUUUUAAAAUUUUCUAGAACAUCUAUCUACACUGAUAAAAAACCAAGACAAAAACCCAAUACAGACUUAAAUACUUAGAUUUAUAUUUUGUACGUUUUCUCUUGCCAAAAAAAAAGAGAUAAUUUUCUUAAUUGGGUGUGAUAAGUUACUCCUAGCUGUCGAGUACUUUCAGCCACAACUUAGAAAGUAGAAUAUAAUAAUGCUAUCACUGUAAACAGCUACGUGUGUUUUUUUAUCUGCAUUAUUGUCUAUUUUUUUAUAGCAGUUUUGUGCGAGUUUUGUUGGCAAGCGAGAGGAUAACUCACGGAUUCCAUUCGACAACUCUGUUUAACCGAAAUCACUUACCCGAAACACUUUUAUAUAGCCUAUAUGUUUGCUCGUAGAUGUAUGUGCGGAAUAAACAAUGUAACUACAUUUAUACUAUCGGACUUAAUCAACAAUAAAUAAAUAUUAGAAACUAUACAAAAA